CUGAUCCCGAAUCUGAUAAAUAGAAGCAGAAGCUACGAAUUUGAGUGAUUUAUGUUUUAAUUGAACAAGAACCAGAAACAAAGAGUGGUUGUUUCUUUGUUUUGGAUGGAGAAAGAAGAUGAGGAAGUUCCCAUUUUAUUAGAGCUGCAACCCCAGACAGAAACAGAAACGGAUGUUGACAAUGAGGAUGAAUUCACAACAAACGGACAUAGUAAAGGAGUUGGAUGGAGCAGUCCAUUGGGAUAUGUAAGGCAAUUUUUGAAAUGGAUGGCAAUAAUGAAGGACACAUUUGGAGGUCCUUUUGUUGUAUUUGUUAUGAUUGUUUAUGGUGUAACUCAAGGCUUUGCAAAGGCAAUGAAGCACCUUGUAAGUAAUUAUUAUUGGAAAGAUGUGCAGAAGAUGCAGCCAGUUUAUGCUCAAUCUUUCAUGGCUUUAUCCAGUAUACCAUGGGACAUGAAACCAAUCUAUGGGCUCAUCACUGACACGUUUCCAAUUGCUGGGUACCGAAGGUGGCCGUAUUUUGUCAUAUGUGGAAUUACUGGGAGCCUUUGUCUUUGGGCACUUGCUUUCCUUAAGCUAACACCUUGGCCAGCCACCUUCUUGAUGGCUACAGUUGCUCUAUGUAACGCAUUUCCAGAUGUUGUGGCAGAUGCUUCACUUGCACAGUGUAGUAAAAUUGCUCCCACACUUUCAAGUGAUUUACAAAGCUUAGCUAUGGGGAGUUUGGCAGCUGGGGGUUUGGUUGGAUGUGGUGUUUCAGGAGCAGCAGUGCAUGGCUUGGGACCACAACAUUCUUAUCUAUUAGUUUCAGUUGGACCACUUCUGCUUAUUGUUGCAGCAUUGGCCCUUCCAGAACGUCGUUUGCCAAACACAGUGCUUAGUUUUCAAUUCAAAGCACUAAUGCAUACAAUUCAGCUUUUUGGGAAAACUCUACGAGAUCCUGUUCUUUGGAAGCCUGCACUCUAUAUUUACCUUUCACAGGGUUCCUUGUGCCCAGAUAUUUCUGAGGCAAUGUUCUUCUGGCGUACAGAUCCUGUUGUAGGUCCUGGCUUUGGUGAAGAAUUUAUGGGUCUUGUAAGUGCAGUUGGAAAGGUGGCAAUGAUUAUUGGCAUUGUUUGUUACAAUCGUUGGCUCCAGCAACACACUUUGCGGAAAAUGUUUCUUUGGCCAAGGGUAGUUUCUGCAUUCAUCGGGCUUCUUGACAUUAUUCUUGUCUCAAGAAUGAACCUUAAGAUGCAUAUUCCAGAUCAAGCUUUUGUCUUAGGUGAUGAAGCUUUGACUGAUGCUAUAUCCAAGAUUCAGAUAAUGCCAAUGCUUGUACUAUCUUCCCAACUUUGCCCUGCAGGUAUUGAGGCCACUAUCUUUGCUUUCCUGAUGUCAAUGUCCAACUUUGGACAUACAUGCGGUCAUUGGUUUGGUGCACUUCUGCUUAAAUGGCUCCAUGUCCAAAAGGAUGACUACAGCAAACUUUGGUUAGCAGUGCUUAUCCGCAGCCUGAUGAGACUGUCUCCCCUCUUGUUUCUCUUUCUUAUUCCAGACUGCACGGUAGAAAACAUCAAGCCCCCAUGUGUUUCUCUAUUAAAUGACACAAAGACAAUGGAAACUGCAAAGGAUACUGAGCUCUUUGAUAAGGUCUCUGUACAUGAUUCAAAUUAGUGAUGAUAAAUGACUUGCACCUGUUGUAGUCAAAGUUCUACUAACUGCAAUGUUUGACCUCAUUGAAGAAUGGAAAUUCAAUAAUUAGAAACAAUUUUCACACUAGCUAGCCAGAUUGGGAGCCUGUGAUGCAGUAUUCAAGAGGUUUGUUACACCCAUCCAAGAUAUGUCAGAAGACAGAAAUAAGUUUAAAGUGUUGGCAAACACACAUCUUCAUUAAGAUGUGUCAGAAAGUUGUAAAUGCCAAGGCUUGAACAAAAAAGUUUCAUUCAUAGGUGAGCUUGGCACUUGGGUAACUGUUGGAAUAUUUAGUUACUUCUAUGAAAUAUGGUUAAACAAUAAGAUAUGCAAGAGUCGUGUAUAUUUGCAAGAAAAAGUUCCACUAUUUAAUGAUUACUGAGAUGCAUAGAAAGGAUUGACACAUCCUUGGGGAUGAGAUCUCAUAGAAACAAGGUCUUAGAGAGAUAAGAUACCGCCUCUCUGUGGUCUGUAGAUUAAUUAUCUGUUGUAACUGC